GAUUUAUUCUAUAAAUUCUCUUAUCCUCUCUCAUUCUCUCAUUCUCUCUCUCUCUCUCUCUCUCUCAUUUUUUCUCUCUCUCUCUCUAAGAUCCUUCGCCGUUCAUCAUCCGUUUCCAAAAACGGAGGGUACUGCGUGGAUCAGAAGAGGAAACUCUACACUUUUAGUGGAUCGGAUCGUCGUUUCGGAGAGUUUCGGGUUUUCCCAAGAAUCGAGGUUUUCAGGAUCUCGAGUUGUCGUUUUGGACCGUUUUCGUACGAAGUUUAUUUCGAAUAUAAGGUAAGGGGAAUUUGAUUACAACAAUUAUUUUGGAAAACUAAACCGCUAAAAAGCUAGUUUAUGUUAUUAUGUAUGAUUUAACUGCUUAUUUGUGAAAUUCUACCGAGUAGAAAUGCCGGUUUGACGAUUUUACGAUUUUUGGUAAAAACGAGGAUUUCGACGUAUGAUCUCCAAAUUUUACAAACAUCUUUAUUUGUAUUUAUACUAUAGUAGGAGAGGCUCGAUUCCUUUAUUUAUUUAGUUAAACUAUGUAUAUUGAAUUUCUAUCAUUUAGCGGGUUUUUGUAUUAAACUUGUGUGAUAUAUGUUGAAAUGGAAAUGAAUGUAUUUUCUAUACUACUAAUAUAGAAUAUGGGAAUGAAAUUCCAAUUUGUUAUACUGACAAUGUGAUAAACAGAGGCUGGUGAUACACCGAGCCGCAUCAGUAAACAAAGAGGGGUAAACCAGGUGGAAAGACGCCGGUUUGAACCCGCUGGAAUUAUUUCUAUACUAUUGAUAUAGUUUAUGGGAGAUAAAAUCAUAUUUGUAUAAAUUGAAUUUAUGAUACACAGAACCACAGCUUGAGAGUCCCGGGAGGGUUGAAAAAUACUUUCUUUGCAGGGUGAAAUGAAACCACUGUUAUAUGAUACGACACGAUAUCGUAACUAGAUGUACACGUGCAACCACACGUACUAAACGAUGUGGGUACCAAGAUGGUCGGCUAGCAGGGUGAAACCAUUGGCUGAUAUUGAGCCAAUGGAGGCAGUCGGAUCGUAUGUAGGUACUCGGCAGUGUCUGCACGAACAGGGCAUUGGACGAGUACCAGUGCACAACCCGAGCCACGGGGUAAAACUGGUUAUAGGGAUAUUUUGCUGUUGGUCAUCUGAUAAAUCAUUAAAUGGUCAAAAGACAGAUGUGGGAAUUUUGUAAUAUGAAUAAUGAUAUACCUGAUGCAUUACUGUAUUGAAAAUAUUUGAUUUAUAUUCCAGAUGUUGAAUGAAAAUAUGCAUGUAUGCAGUCACACACUGUUGUAACUCCUUCUUCCUUACUGAGAGGUGUCUCACCCUAUCUUACAACCUUUGUUUUCAGGUCCAUCCGUGCGUCGGUCCUAGUAGAUAAAAGGACUAGGGAGGUUAUUUUGGUUAGCUUACGAUGGAAUCCAGGGAUAUCACUGCCAAUAUAGGUGGCAGUAGUAGUGAGGGUGCCGGCCCCGAGGCUGGUAACGACUCUACUAGUGUGUUACGUGAAUUCGCACAGCAGCUUAUGGCUGAGGUAGUGCGUACGAAUAGAGGGCAGGAUCGUCCUAUGACUGAGUUGGGUUGCUCUAUUGAGCAGUUCACCAGAUUGAAGCCCUCUGCUUUUGUGGGCGGUACAGAUCCAGUUCGUGCUGAGAAUUGGAUCCAGGAGAUCGAGAAGAUCUUAGGUGUGUUAAACUGCACUGAAAAGCAGAAAGUCACCUUCGCCACGUUCAAGUUGGCAGGGGAGGCUGAGAGAUGGUGGGGGUCGGUAAAGCAGAUGGAGGAGCACCGACCGAUACCGAUAGUGUUGACAUGGGCCCGAUUCAAAGAGCUCUUCUUUGAACGUUAUUUUCCGGCCACAAUGAGAAAUGCGAAAAUGGAGGAAUUUAUGAAUUUGACGCAGGGUUCACUGACAGUGCAGCAGUACGCUGCCAAGUUCCAGGAGCUGUCUCGAUUUGCUCCAUUCGUGAUUCCUGAUGAAGCAAAGAAGGCUUGGAAGUUUCAGAGGGGUCUGAGGAGCGAGAUCCGUAAGCAGACGGCGAUUCUGCAGUUACAGGAUUUUGCUACGUUGGUUGAUAAAGCCACGGUAGCAGAGGAGUGUUUACUAGAGGAUGCAGAGGUUCAGGUUACGAAGAAGAGGCCAGCGCCUCCUAAUUAUUCAUCGGGGGCAGGACAGAGUAAAUGGAAGAAAAAUAGUAGUGGCACGUCCCAGAAUGCCGCAAGUGUUCCACAUUGCUCUUUAUGUGGUAAGAAACACCAGGGGCAGUGUUGGUUGUCUACGGGAGCCUGUAUGCGGUGUGGUAGACAAGGACAUCAGAUGAGAGACUGUCCGAGGCAGAGGAAUGAUGGAGUCACACAGAAGCAAUACAGAGGGAAUGCUCCGACACAGCGUGGUGGUCAGCAGGGGGGGUACUGCCCAGGCUAGGGUAUAUUCUCUGACUCCUGGUGACGCUGAGAACGCUGGUGACGUGGUCACAG